CCCGAGGAUUUCUCCAUCCUGGCGACGCUGCGGGCCCGGCGGGGCAGCCAGGCCUUCCUGCUGUCGCUGUACGACGAGCGCGGGGUGCAGCAGCUGGGCGUGGAGAUCGGCCGCUCGCCCGUCUUCCUUUACGAGGACCAGGCCGGGCAGCCGGCGCCGGAGAGAUACCCGCUCUUCAGCAGGGUCAGCCUGGCCGAUGGCAAGUGGCACCGCGUGGCGCUGAGCGUGGAGGGCACCAACGUGUCGCUGCUGGUGGAUUGCGAGGCGCCCGUGACGCUGCCUCUGGAGCGUGGGCCCCGGCCCGUCGUCAGCACCGCAGGCGUCACCCUGCUGGGAACCCGGCUGCUGGACGAGGAGGUGUUCCAGGGCGAUGUCCAGCAGCUGCUGAUCUCUCCGGACCCCCGGGCAGCCCUGCACUACUGCGAGACCUACAUGCCCGGGUGCGACGUGCCGCUGCCCUACGGCCUGCUGGGCCUGUACCCCGAGGAGAGCGGGCCGGAGCCCACGGCUGCCCCCGCCCGGAGGAAGGGCAGGAAGGGCAAACGCAGGGGCAAAGGCAAGAAGAAGAGGAACAAGGAGCAGGCGGAGCAGCAGGACACCGCGCCCACCGCGGGGCCGGGCCAGGAGGCCCCGACCCAAGCAGCUCCUGCACUGGAGGCGACCCCGUCUGGGGAGGAGCACGUCACCCCGCUGCCCGGGACCGCCCCUGCCAGCACUGUGACCAUCAGCCUGAACCUGCCCGAGGCCUACGAGGACCUGGGAGAGGAGCACGGGAUCUGGGCAGACGGGGACCCCAGGGCCAACAGCACCGAACCCCCCGACUACGCCCUGAGGGAGUAUGAGGAGUACGAGGACGGGGAGCCCCCGGGCCAUGACGCCAGCCUGGAGCGCUAUGGCCCUGCCGAGCGACGGGGAACCCUGGGCCAGGCCACCCGGGGAGCCGGCCAGAAGGGGGAGAAGGGGGAGCCGGGCGCCAUCGAUCCCGGCCGGCGAUUCGACGGGCCGCCGGGAGCCCCGGGCCCAGCGGGCGAGAUGGGCCCCCCAGGACCGGUGGGGCCGGCGGGGCUGCCGGGGGACCCUGGCGAGCAGGGCCCUGCGGGGCGGCCGGGGCUGCCGGGAGCCGACGGGGGACGGGGGCCUCCGGGGACCAUGAUCAUGCUGCCGUUCCAGUUCCAGUUCGGCGGCGACUCGCCCAAGGGCCCCACCGUGUCCUUCCAGGAGGCGCAGGCACAGGCCGUCCUGCAGCAGGCCAAGCUCUCCAUGAAGGGACCCCCGGGCCCCAUGGGCUUGACCGGCCGGCCGGGCCCCCUG